UUAAAAAAAAUCCUACCCAACUCCAAGCAAGCCGAGCAGACCGGUCCUGGCCUCAGACUCGUUCCCCCACCCAACCUUCUGCUGUCGCUUCUUCCUCCUCCUCUCCCGAUUCCCUCUCCCCCACCCAACACCGCCGCCGCCGCCGCCGACGUGCUCCCUCGCACCCCGGCCAUCAGCGCCGGCGUCCACCGCUAUCGCUGCAGUCCCCAUCCUCUCCCCUUCUCGAUCUCGCUCCCGAUCCGGUCAGGCGGUGUGCAGAUCCGCCACCGCCUACUCCUCCACCCAACCAACCGCCACCGACCACCCACCGCCGUUUCUGACCUGGGUCGUCAUCCACAACCCCGUAGUGGCAGAGGAGGAGUCAGGGGCGCAACCCCUCGCGCCCCGAAACCCUAGCCUGCGGCUCCGCCUGACAACAGCCGCAUCCAUGGAGGUUCUCUCCCUCCUCGCGCCCCAAAACUCUAGCCCGCGGCAUGGCGACCGAGCUCAGGACCUCGACAAGAGUGGUACGUUUGGGGGCCAUGGAGGAGAAGCUGCUGCCCAUCAGAUCUGAGGAAGGAGGAUGCCCACCACCACCAGGCCGCUCAACCUCACCACCAUUUGUUGGCAAGACCACCGUGUGGUGUGUGGUGGUGGAUUAUUCUUCCACUCCAACGACUCCCGCUGGUGGCCUCGAUUCUGCUUCCUCCCCGGCAUUAGGCGAGCAGCAGGCGCCCUCCAUGGAAGACAUCGACGAGGCAUAUGCGGGGCCACAUGCCCAAGCUGUCGAGCUUGAUGAGGAACAUCAUUGGGUCUUACUUCAACCUCGAGGUGAUGCCUAUGCUGACUCCCCACACAAGGUUGCCCUCUGCUCCUCGCUCUCACCAAAGAUGCUUCUUUUUUUCCAUGUUAUCGAUGUUCUGCUCUAGCAUAGUUUUCUAGACACUCGCAUCGUGCUCCUAUUCAUAGUGUAGUACAGUGAUCUAAAUGGCCUUAUAUUUCUUUACACAGGGAGUGUUUCUAAACGGUCUUAUAUUUCUUUACAGAAGGAGUAGUUUCUAGCUCUAGCCUAGUUGCUACUGUUAAUCGACAUAGUCUCCAAAGUUCCAUGGUGCGAAGUGGCUUUUGGCCCAUCUUCUGUUCGAACUCUGUAGACGUUGCUGCUUCAAUCAACUUUAGUGCUUGCGCUUGAUAAAGCUUGUGUGAUGCUACAUCAUUAUGUUUGUGUGGUUGAUGAUCACAUGGUAGUAGAUUUUACUAAUAUAAGCUGGGCCUUCUAUUUAGCCCUGGUCCUGGUCAGGUCUUUGCCUUUAGUGAUCUUUGUUUGUUGGACAUAUUUGUACUUCUGAUCCUGGACCGGAAACUUGGUUUAUUUUCUAGUAGUUUUAACAUAUUUCCA